UUUCCAGUUUCUUCUAAGUCACACCAGAGAGAUCAGUCUUAAACCGACGAACUAAUACCUCAAGGCUCGUACAAGAUGAUGCAACCACCUGUUGAGAAUCUCGCACCUCCCAAGGACGACCCUUUCACCCCAGAGGAGUUGGCACAAUAUGACGGGAGCGACACCUCGAAACCGAUAUACGUUGCCAUUAAAGGGACCGUAUUUGAUGUGACAAGGAAGGCAGAUGUCUACGGCGCAGGAAAAUCCUAUAACAUCUUCGCGGGGAAGGAUGGAUCGAAGGGAUUGGGAAUGUCCAGCUUGAAACCAGAGCAUGCCAUUGCAGACUACAGUGAUUUGGGAGAGAAGGAGAGGAAAGUGUUGGACGAUUGGUAUUCCUUCUUCGAGAAACGAUACAACAUCGUCGGAAGGGUCGUCCCCUCUCCUUCCCUGUGAUUACACCCUGGUCUCUCGAUUUCUCCGACCUUCGCUAUACCCACCAAGUUGUCCAAUGUACCAAUAUCUCCUGUGCAACAAACGUCAUACCAUG